CCCCCUGCACUGUUUAAAUCUUAUUGCUGCCCCGAAAUUUACAAGUUCCAUCUUUUGUCUAUCAAUUUUCUCCGUGAGUUUUUGAAUUUUUGAGCUUUAGGUGCAGAAAUUAUGGGGAAGGGUCCAGGUCUCUACUCUGAUAUAGGAAAAAGAGCUCGAGAUCUGUUAUACAAGGAUUACAACAGCGACCAGAAGUUUACACUCACCACCUACUCUCCCACUGGAGUUACCCUCACUUCAUCGGGAACAAAGAAAGGUGACCUAUUUUUGGCCGAUGUUAACACUCAAUUGAAGCACAAGAAUAUCACCACUGAUAUUAAAGUUGACACAAACUCGAAUGUACGCCUUGCCAUGUCCUCACCUUCGCUGCACACCACUGUUACAGUUGAUGAGCCUACGCCUGGACUAAAGACAAUAUUAAGCUUCAGAGUUCCUGAUCAAAGGUCUGGAAAGUUGGAACUUCAAUACUUGCACGACUAUGCGGGGAUAAGCUCAAAUGUUGGGUUGACUGCUAAUCCCAUAGUGAACUUUUCUGGCGUUGUGGGAAACAAUAAGGUUGCUCUGGGGAGUGAUGUCUCUUUUGACACUAAGGAAGGAGCAUUUGUCAAAUGCAACUUUGGAGCAAGCUUCACAAAUGCUGAUCUUAUUGCUGCUUUGACGCUGAAUGACAAGGGUGACACAUUGAGUGCAUCAUACUACCAUAUAGUGAGCCCAUUGACCAACACCGCUGUUGGUGCGGAGGUGACCCAUAGCUUCUCAACUAAUGAGAAUACGAUCACCGUCGGAACUCAGCAUGCGUUGGACCCAUUGACCUCUGUGAAAGCACGGGUGAACAAUUUCGGCAAGGCAAAUGCUCUGAUCCAGCAUGAAUGGCGUCCAAAGUCGCUCAUCACUGUCUCAACUGAAGUGGACACCAAAUCUAUUGACAAGAGUGCCAAAUUUGGAUUCGCCUUGGCUCUCAAGCCAUGAGGGGACUAUUCUUGUUUGUUAUGGUUUUGAACAGGGAGUGUGUUCACAUUUUGGUGCGGGGUCUUCUGGCAGCAUGUGCUUGUAGGAACCAUUCGGUGGGUUAUUGAACCUGAUUUUCUAGUUCUCUUCUUCUCAUUUACCCGUUCCUGUUGGUGUCAGCUUCAAGCCUGAAAUUUUGUACAAUCAGGGUUGCUCUCUCCAAGAUUUUCUGGUUUCUAAGGCUGUAGUCUUCUCGAAAGAAUGUCUUAUCAUAGAACUAGUUUCCAUUUGACAAGAUACAUCGUUGGAAUAAACUUCAUAUAAAAGUUUAUUUUAUUCAA